CUUUUUAAAAUUAUCUUUUUAAACUGUAAACUAUUUCAAGUUCUUUAAAAUGCAACUAACUACUACAGUUUGCACUAUUUUAUUAUUGGCUUUAUUCUCCGUUGUUAUGGCGGACGAAUGUCCAACUAUUUGCCCUCGUAUUCUCUCACCAGUUUGUGGCACCAUAGAAAAUUUUGAGGGUGAAACUGUAGAAUGUACUUUCCCCAAUGAAUGUUUGUUGAGAAAGCUGACGUGUAACACAAAUCAAGAUCUGAUUAAAGAGGAGGGACCUUGCAGUGAAGAUAUUUCUCAAUGUAUUGAGCUCAUACAAGAACUGUAGGAUACAUAAAUAUCUCAAUAACUGAAAAAUUUAAAAUUUUUAAUUAAAUAAAAAUCUUGUGCA